AUAGCGCAACGCAUUCGCUAAGACGCGAACAGAACGCGACGCGGCAUCACUCAACAAAAAGUUACUAAAUAAUCAGCGAAUAUAUAGAAAUAGAAACACUUGUACAAAUUGUUGGUGGCAAGUUACCUUGGCCAUCGAUCGCACCUCUCUAGUUCGCAUGCCAGGCUGGCGUACAUUACGUGCACGAGGCUAGAACUAAGUAGGCAGGGCCGAUGUCCUUGGUUUACUCUAGAGCUUGCAGCGUGUGGCAAUGGUUAUACUGAUGUGCUGAGCACUGCGUGCGUCAAUUAAAGGCCUGUACAGCCAAAAGGGAUAUGUCUUUGAAACGUUAUGCAAUAAUCGCGGCGGUAAGUCAGCAGCAGCAACCGCAGCAGCUGCAGCUACACAAUGCAACAGUCAUGUCAACAGCAAGGACAACGACAGCAACAGCCUCAGCAAUAACCUCAUCAUCUCAAUCCGGCAGCGAGGAAGAGCUGCAGCAUUCCCAAGAGCUUGCCAGCAGCUCCUCCAUAACCACCUACUACAAUGGCGGCAUGGGCCUCUAUAAUCAGCAGCGUGGCAUUGGCGGUGGAAUAUCACUGCUCAAUGGCGCAGCCGGCUCCGGCAGCAGUCACGGGACGAGUGGUGGCAGCAGCUCACAGACCUACGCUCACGUUGUCAAUGGCAGCGUGAAUCUUCUGCUUGGCGGGUCUAUGCUCUGCCUGGUGACUACAAUUUUAUGUGUAGUUUGCUAUUGUUGCCAUCGCAAUAUCAAAAAGCGUACUGAGGCCGCCUACAGGCAGCAACAACAUCAAUGGCUGGAGAAUGAUCCCAAUAUGGAAAUUUAUAGUGUUGAACAGUGCUAUGAGACUUCGGGUCUCUUUUUGGGGGAUUCAACGGACGGCCUAGCCACCUUGCCGGCCUUGCAUCAUGAGCCGCCGCCUUCCUAUGACGCUGUUGUUUUGCACGAGCAGCAGCUGUUGCAACAGCAACAGCAACAACUGGAGGAGCAACAACUGCAGCUACAGCAACAGCAACUACUUUUACAACGAGUCUCGCCGCCGCCUGGAUAUCGCUCCACGCUGGAUAUAAGCAACGUGCAGCAAGUAAUGGGGGUGUCAAGUGGCGAUGGCAGCGCCGAUGGCAUUACAGGGAGCAGCAGUUGCAGCAGUAGUGCCGGAGCUGGCGCACUGUUGGUUAACAAGCAAUUGCAGCGCACUUUAAAUGCUCAAUCCUGUUGCUCUCUGCAGCGUGCCGAGGUGGAAAACAUGUGGAACGCAGCCGCAGCGGCAGUGGUUGCGCGCAAUGGUCAUUGCCAGGAACUGGACACAUAUAUGCCUUCGCCAUCGCCAUCGCCUUUGCCGUUACCACUAGCACUCCAGGCACGCAAACAUGCCCAGGCGGCCAUGCGGCUGAAUAGUUUCGGGAGACGUUACUUGCAGUACAGCCAACAUCAUCAGCAGCAGCACAGCCACUACAGACGCGGCUGUCCAUUGUGCGGCAAGUUUCGUUACGCGUCCGAAGACGAGGCGUUGACGGCAUCUGUGGAGAGUGUCCCGGAACAGUACGAUGCCAAUGACAAUUUCGCAAGUGCUGAGCAACAGCAGCCGCAAGCGGCCAUAGAAGCUCCAAAUCGAAUUGAUGCUGAUGCAGCAAAUGGAAAUGUGGUGGACAGCACAACUGAGGGAACGUUAGCAACUGAUAGCGACGUAGACGAAAAUGACAAUGCAGAAGCGAUGUCAGUAGCAGCAGAAGUGGCAACAGCGACUGCAAUUGUAGCUGUGGUUGCUGAAAACGGCCACCUGGACGCCAACCUGGAUAUUGACAAUAUCAACGAGAACGGCAUCGUCAGUCUGGACAUGAGCAAAAUCAUUGACAUAUCGGGCCUACCCACAUACGAGGGCGCCCUAAAGCUUGAAUCCAGCGGCUAUGUGUGAAACUCAAAUGUUUCUUGGCAUGCAUAAGUUCAAAAUUUACAAUACGAUAUAUAUCACAUAUGUGCUUUAUUUUUUAAGACAGUUAAGAGCAGAGAAAUCAGUCUGCGAUGUGUGUUGUUCUGGCCGAUGCCUUGAGUAUUCUUAGUAUUAGGUAAUUUCCCCGAUUUCUACCAACUAUUCUUUAGCAAUCUUGAUCUCGGGUUGCGUGAUUUUUGCAUUUGCCCCCAAACCAUUAAGGUUCCUCUGUAACACACACAAAUGUAUUGUUAAUGUUAGCUGUUAGUUCUAAGCAUGCAUAUCCCAGAUGAAAAGGUUUGCUGCUAGCAAGUUAUAAACAAAAAUAUCAAUAAAAAUGUACUUGAGCAAAUUUAACUGAACCACUAAACUUUGUGGAACCUUAACCGUAAUACUUUUGCCUUUACGCUCAUCAAAGCUAAUCUGAUUGAUUUCGCAUUAAAUAUAACGAUUGAGUAGGCCAAGAGUGACAUGACGCCUAACAAGCGGCAAGAGUAUUACCGUUAACCGUGAAAAGGGCCCCUAUUCGGGAAAAGACUUAUAUAUGAUGGUGUAGGAGGCACACACCUACCCACUUACCGACCCACACACACGCGUUGUUGUCUCUGCCGCGUUUUGCUCGUCCCAUGACGGCAAUAAAGAAAAUAUGGCCGCAAACAAAUCGCCCGUAAUGUGAAGCCAGGCUUGACAACAGAACUUGGAGAAAAGCCAACAAAUAAGUUACAUACUAAAAAAUGGUAACAAGCAACUUGUUAGAAGCUCUCAUUAUUUGUGGCAAUUUCGAAUGUAUAGGCGGCUGCUGAGAAAAAGGGUUCGCUUGGAACAAAAACUUGUAUUGUCGACACACUUGCAAAGGAUGACGGACAGGAGGCAGCAGCUGUGCCCAGAAUCAGAACAAGAGUUCAGUUUUUCUUACUCACUUAGUGCACGAAACACUAAAAAUAGUUUUAGCCCAGACAGGCAUUGCCCCCGCCCAACUCAUACGUAUAUGGGCUGUUCAAUUUGCAGUGUGGCUUAUCGUGCGCAUUAUGAUCUCAUGACCCAAUAGCUAAGAUUGCGGCCGCUUAAGAUGGAUGGGGGAUAAUCCGGCUAGAUGGCGCGUGUGUGACCCAAAUAGAAACGUAUGCGCAAUGCCAGUUGAAGUUGUUGUCUAAUAAUGCCUAACAAUCCGCACAGCAAUAAUAAAUUGAGAAUUUAUCGUUUAACACCUGCAACACAUACCGUCGGAGCAACAGCAUUUCGAUCAGAAAACUUGUAGACAUAAGAGCUACAACAACAAAUGCUUAUUGCCAUGCUAAAGAUAUGCACAACAUUUCAAUUUGCUUUAUUUAUAUUUAUCCCGCAUAGUGCGGCCUAUGUCCAAUAAAAACUUGUUUAAAAUUCACACAAAAUUCAGUUGGAACCCGUGUGGCUUAUAAUUGCAACUGAAAAUGAUGCGUUGCGUUGGUGGCACAACAAGUGCGGCAUCCAAACAGGCAGCCACUGCUGAGCAAAUAGAGACUACGUCAGAGAAAGAGAGAGAGAGAGAGAGAGAGAGAGGGAGAGAGAGGGAGAGAGCGAGAAUUAGAGAGACAACGAUGCUAAUACGCUAGCUAGACAAAAUAGAGCGUAGACUGAGGCCUCUAUAUAAAAGAAUUCCGAGCUGAGUGUGACGGUAUGGGACGAUGCUCUGAUGUAGACGAAGGCGAAGGCGCAACUAACUGCGCAGCGGCAUCGACAAGCAUUUGACCCUUUGCUGUUGGGGUUGACUUCUCAUUAUUGUACUGAGAGGUGUUGCUUCCUUUAUUAAUUGGAAUCGAGUGAUAUAUGAAGACGCAUCCUUAACAGCCACAGCUCCACAGGCUGUGUCACUUAUUAUUUGUAGUAAUUUUUUUCCAACUGUAACAAAUUAUGAGCUAAAAUUUAAUUUACUCUUGGCUGUACGUCUACGUUUAAGGGUAAUCAUUGCCUGAGUAAAAUAGGUCUGAGUGUCAACGGCACGUGCUUAAAAAUAGCCAGUGGGGUUAAUGGGAGAAAAGCAAAGCGCCAAAUAAUGUGAGCAGCUGAGUGAAAAUAAGAGAGAACAUUUUAAUUUAUCAAGUGCGAAUCUACAAAUCAUAUACGCAUAUAUUUUAUAAUGUGAAAUGUGUUUAUAUCAUUUUUUCAUGUAGUAUUUAUAUUAGAUGACAUUCUGAAAUAAACCGACAACAUAAAUUAA